GUUUCCCGCUGGCAGUAGAUGUCUGGGCAGAGCCAUGGCGGACGUAAUGGAGUUACCGAGGGCCCGCAUCAAUGUCAGCAUGCUAGCGCAGUUCAUCGACCGACCCGUGUGCUUCGUAGGGAGGCUGGAAAAGAUUCAUCCCACUGGAAAAAUGUUUAUUCUUUCAGAUGGAGAAGGAAAAAAUGGGACCAUUGAGUUGAUGGAGCCACUUAACCAAGAAAUCUCCGGAGUCAUAGAAGUAGUUGGAAAAGUCACACCC